CGACCGAUCACGAUUAGGGUUCAUUUGGGAAAGAAAUGAAAUGACGAUUAGGGUUCCUAUUGAUGACAAUUGUGCUGGUUGAGAAGGAAGAAGCAGAAUAGAGACAAGGAACACGGAGGAUUCUUCUGCCACAUCAGCAUAAUUCCUCUCUAGGGUUUGAUCGAAUUCUUUGUUCCGAUCGAUUAUUUCAAGUAAGGGUAUAAUUUGCUUGGGUUCCAAUUCAAUGUCUCAGUCUAGCAACCACGCGGUUGGAGUCGACAAUACUUUUCGGAGGAAAUUCGAUCCAGAAGAGUACAUAGAACGCGCUAGAGAGCGCGAACAAAAGGAGGCGGAGGGCCGUUCAAAAUCCAAAUCAAAAGGUCCUCUAGUACAAAGGAAACCUUUGAAGCACAGGGAUUAUGAAGUGGACCUGGAAUCCCGGUUAGGAAAGACUCAGGUUGUCACCCCGAUAGCACCACUAAGCCAACAGGCAGGUUACUACUGCUCAGUUUGUGAAUGUGUAGUGAAGGAUUCUGCUAAUUAUUUGGACCAUAUCAAUGGAAAGAAACAUCAAAGAGCUCUGGGCAUGUCUAUGCGGGCAGAACGGGCCUCUCUUCAGCAGGUGCAGGAGAGAUUUGAACUUCUCAAGAAGCGGAAAGAUACCGUAGGCUUUACCGAACAAGACUUGGAUGAGCGGAUUUUAAAGCAGCAGCAAGAAGAGGAGGAAAGGAAGCGCCAACGAAGAGAGAGAAAGAAAGAGAAGAAGAAGGAAAAAGCGGCAGAGGAGGAAACUGAGAUAGACCCCGAUGUUGCAGCAAUGAUGGGAUUUGGGGGUUUCCGUUCAUCCAAAAAAUGACUCACAAAACUUGCCUGCCUUCUGCCUUGGAGCCGAGCCUUGUAAUUAAAUGAGAUUGCUCAAUCGCCAAAGGUUAACUGGUCUGAGCCGUAGCAUGACCUUGCAGUUUUAUUGCUUGUAACUGGCUCUGCUGUUGGCAAGUUUCAGUUUCAAAUUGUAUACAUGUUCUUGUAAUGGAUUAGAGGUGCUAUGGUUGCUUCCUAUGCUUUGGAUCUUAGAUAUAGAGUUUUUUUUUUUUUUUUUUUAAAUUAUUAUAAGGAACAAACUUUUACCUGUCUAUUUCAUUUGGAUAUCUUAUCUUCCAAUUUUUGUUUGGGUAAAAUUGGGUUUGGCCUA